AACUUUUAAGCCAUUUUGGAGACGAUAGAGGGGACAACAAUGGCGGGAAAGCGUGCGUCGCCGUUUUCGUCUCCGUUGCUGAAGCCGCCACCGCCGCUAACGACUCCGAAAGUGGAAGAAGAGACGGAGUUCUGGAGGAAGGAAGUAGACGAGAACCUGAAGCGCCUCCAGUCGCUGCUCUUCGGCGCCGACCAGUUCCUGGAGAAAUCCGAUUUCUCCUCCGCUCAGAUCCUCGGGCUCCGUCUUCUAGGUUUCCUCGAUUCUCGCUCUGUCACCGAAGCCGAUCGUGCUUUCAUCGCUCCUAUUAGACGAGAAGUUGCCUCUAAGGUGGAUUCAGCCUUGGAAGGCCUCGUUUCAGAUUCGGAUCGGCAAGCAUUUGAACUUGCAAAGACAGCUCCAGGUCCUAUUUUUGGCAGUAAAGGCGAGUUUGAUGUCGAGAAGAUCAAGCAGUCCAAACACUUUCAUUUUCAUCAUAGUCACUCUAACCGAAAGGGUAUUAAAGAGAUGGAAGAGCGACUGGAUGCGCGUAAGUUAAUUCCCAAAGCAUCUAAGCCAAUGAUGCAAGCUAGACUGACUUCAUUGUAUGGAAAUAGCAUGGUUAAACCAGAUAAUCAGCGCAGACCCUCCGUGAGCAAUCAAGAGAGUACCUCUGAGGAAUGUGUCAUUGUCGAGAGAAGCCAUGGAGUUGGUUUUGGAACAAAGCGAGCUCAUGCAGAAAUCAGCAACCUAACAAAUCAUGGGGAAAAGGAAGAUGGUGCUGCUAAUGGCUUUGUAUCUGCCAAAACAAAACUGGAAAUGGACGCUAGACAGAAACGAGGGUCAACCGGGGCACCAAAUUCAUCUCUUUCACCUCAGGGUGAAAACAAUGCGUCAGCUAGGGGAUACGGUGCAAGAUCGGGUGGCUAUUUAAGACGUGGAUACCGUGGUAAUUUUGUUCCUCCAGUUAAAUCUAGCGGGAAUAAUGUUGGAAAUACGACGUCUCGUAUUGGUGGAAAGACCGAUGAUACGCUCGAUGACUCAACCAGAACAUGUUUGGAGAUGCUCUGUGGUCCUGAUGGUGAGCUUCCCGAGAAGUUGAGAAACUUGGAACCUCGUCUUAUAGAGCAUGUCAGCAACGAGAUUAUGGACCGAGACCCCAAUGUCCGCUGGGAUGAUAUUGCUGGUCUGGAGCAUGCUAAAAAGUGUGUUACUGAGAUGGUCAUUUGGCCAUUGUUACGUCCUGACAUAUUUAAAGGUUGUCGUUCGCCUGGGAAAGGACUUCUUCUCUUUGGUCCACCAGGAACUGGUAAAACUAUGAUCGGAAAAGCUAUAGCUGGAGAAGCAAAAGCAACUUUCUUCUAUAUUUCAGCCAGUUCAUUGACAAGCAAGUGGAUUGGCGAAGGUGAAAAGCUAGUGAGGGCCCUUUUUGGAGUUGCAAGUUGCCGCCAGCCUGCAGUGAUAUUUGUAGAUGAAAUAGAUUCUCUACUAUCUCAGCGCAAGUCAGAUGGUGAACAUGAAUCGAGUAGAAGACUCAAGACACAAUUUCUGAUUGAAAUGGAAGGUUUCGAUAGCGGCAGUGAGCAAAUUCUCCUAAUAGGAGCAACAAAUAGGCCCCAAGAGCUCGAUGAAGCAGCAAGAAGACGGCUUACCAAGAGGCUCUACAUUCCUCUUCCUUCAUCUGAAGCAAGAGCAUGGAUUAUACAGAAUCUCCUACAGAAAGAUGGGUUGUUUACAUUGUCCGAAGAUGAUAUGAACAUCAUUUGCAAGCUAACUGAAGGGUACUCGGGUUCAGACAUGAAGAACCUAGUGAAAGAUGCAACUAUGGGUCCAUUGAGGGAAGCUCUCAAACGAGGCAUAGAAAUAACAAACCUGACGAAAGAUGACAUGCGGCUUGUGACUCUUCAGGACUUUAAAGACGCAUUGCAAGAAGUUAGGCCUUCGGUUUCUCAGAACGAGCUUGGAAUCUACGACAACUGGAACAAUCAGUUUGGGAGUUUAAGCCUCUAAGACUAAGACUGGAGACUCAUGUACUCAAACAAGAGAGAAAAUGUUCAAUUUGCCCGUUUUAUGUUACAGUCAAACAAGAGAGAAAGUGUUCAAAGAUGAUGAGCGGCCUGACCAAUCGAGAAGAUGCUUGAGGACUAAGAAGUGAUGUCUCUGAAUUAAUGGCUUGUAACUAACACAAUGCUUGUUUUGUUUUGUUUGUCAUCUGAUUUUGAUUGAAAGUUUUGCAUUAAUUGUUAUUGUGUGUA